AUGUCCCCCAUCAAACCGCACUGGGCCCAGCCCUCGCACCCGCACGUCCAAGAGGUCAUCGUCAACGAGGCCGCCUUCACCACCAAGAGCAUCUCCAAGACCACCCUGCCCCCUUUCGGCUUGUUUGCCAAGAUGGACUUUCCCCCUUGCACCGUCGCCCCGGAAGCGACGUACGCCACGGUCCAGACGGGCCGGGACUCGCAUUUGGAUUUGAACAGCGAUUUGCUGUAUAUCAAUCACUCGUGCGAGCCGUCGUUGAUCUUCGACACAGCCAGCUUCACCAUCACCGCCGGCCCCAAAGGCCUGAAACCCGGCGAUGAGUUAACAUUCUUCUACCCCUCCACAGAAUGGUACAUGGCCCAGCCCUUCACCUGCCUCUGCGGCACCCCGACCUGCCGCGGCCGUAUCGCUGGUGCCCGCGACAUGACGCCUACUCAACUCGAAGGGCUUUGGCUGAACCGUCAUAUUCGUGAUUUGCUUGAGGAGCGGGACGGCGCUGCCGCUGCUGCCGCUGGUGGUGCUGCCGCUGGUGGUGCUGGACAGGUUAAUGGCCAGGUCAAUGGUCAUGGCCAUGGACUGAAGGGUGGUAGUAUCAAGGUUGGUGGUGGUGUUAGUGGUACUACCGCCGGCGCUGGUGCUGCCGUUGGGGGAAGUGGGUAUGUCACGGCGAACUCGGCUUCGGCUGAUGUGUCGGCUGGGGCGCAGCGGCGUGGGCCGACGUCGAGGGAGUUGAGCGGGGAGAUGGGUGGUGAUACGUCUGUUUAG